UCAUCCUAGUAUGGGACUCCUCAGAAGCGUGCAUCUACGAUUCACUCGUGUGACUCGAACCCAGGAUGAAAAUAUCAAUAAUUACCAUGUGCUCAUUAGUAACUAGUAUCGUGAGAGAAUUUUCGGAGUUGUAAUGAGAAAUCAUUAGCAGUGGAGCUAACCCAUGUCAGGUAGAGAGAGAUAUCUACUUAAGACAAUGGAAAAUGAUGCCUCAGUGGUCUAGAGGUUAGGCGUUUGUGCGCAAAAGUGUUGAUCCUGGGUUAGAACCCCGCCGACGGGAUCUCGGAUGCAUGCCGCUGAAGAGUUCCAUAUUAGAAUGAAAUCGGCAUCAAGUACUUCUGGUUUCUAAAUAUAUAAAUAUGUAAUCAUGUGUCUAUGCAUUAAACUGGGUGUAUCCACCGAAAAAAUAAUGUACAUUAAUGUAUGCAUGUGUAUUAUCUGUUUAUUGUAUAAAUACACUUUAUAUUAACGACCAUUCGAAUUAAUAAGAAUCGAUUUAUAUCCAACCAAUCGUUCAUUGUAUAAUAAGCAUAUAUAUUCAUUUGUUCAUUAACUCUAAUCUAAUUUAAACCGUGGAGAUUUACUUACUAAAAAUAACUUUUCAUCGGAUUUUAACAACAACAACAACAACACCAAAUCAAUCAAACUUUCUUUCUAUGUCAAUAUGCUAAUUUAUUAUUAAACAGUACAGUCUUCAUUGAUUAUUGCCAAGAACCAAACACCACCAAUGACCACCACCACCACCAACAACAACAACAACAACAACAACAACAACAAUGAAGAAAUUAUGUUAGCACAUUCUGAACUAACUGAUCUAUACAAAGAACAAUCUAAAUUAUUUCAUCAAUUAUAUCAUAAUAAUUUAAUGAAAAUGACAGCAAAAUUAAAUGAUUUCGAAAGGUUACGUCCUCUUGGACAUGGUGGUUUUGGUCAUGUUCUAUUAGUACGUCAUAUUAAUACUAAUAAAUUAUAUGCAUUAAAAAUAUUAUCUAAAUUACAUAUUAUUAAAAAUCAUCAAAUUAAUAAUGUCAUUAAUGAAAAACGUAUAUUAGCAUCAUGUAAUUUUAAUUUUAUUAUACAAUUAUAUACUACUUUUAAAGAUACUACUUAUUUAUAUAUGAUUAUAGAAUAUGCUAUAGGUGGUGAUUUAUUUACAUUAUUACGUAAUAUGAAAAAAUUCCCUGAUAAUAUGGUUAAAUUCUAUGGUGGACAAGUUAUAUUAGCAUUAGAAUAUUUACAUUAUUUAACUAUUAUAUAUCGUGAUUUAAAACCAGAAAAUCUUGUUAUUUAUUCAAAUGGUUUUAUUAAAUUAAUUGAUUUAGGUUUUGCUAAAUUAGUACCUAAACAUAAACGUACAUGGACAUUAUGUGGUACACCAGAUUAUAUGGCACCAGAAAUUAUAUUAAAUAAAGGUUAUUAUUAUCCUGUUGAUUGGUGGGCAUUUGGUAUAUUAUUAUAUGAAAUGACUACUGGUUAUCCACCAUUUAUACAUUAUGAUCAAAUGAAAACAUUUGAAUUGAUUAUUAAUGGUAAAAUUAAAUUUACAAAAUUAUUUAAUCCAUUAUUAAAAGAUUUAAUACAACAUUUAAUACAAGUUGAUUUAAGUAGUCGUUAUGGUAACUUAAAAAAUGGUAUUAAUGAUAUUAAAAAUCAUCAAUAUUUUCAUGAUUUAAAUUGGUUACAAUUAUAUCAUUUAAAUAUAAAACCACCAUAUCAACCAUCAUUAUUAUAUACUACUUAUAAUGAUAUUAAUUAUAUGGAUCAUUCAAAUGAAUUGAUUCAUUUAAAUAUUAAUGAUAAAGAACAAUUUGAAAAUGUUUUUAAUGAGUUUUAAAAGAAAAAAAAAACAACACAUUUCUUUUUGUUACUAACCAAGUUUCAUACAGAUAGUUUCCAAUGUUUUUUUCUUGUUUUUCUUUUUUAGUUUACUUGUAUCGAUUAUAAUUUUUAUUUCUAAGUUCACUGUUAAUUGUUGGUUUUUAAAGAAAAAUAGAAAAUGAAUUAUUCAUUCCUUCUUUUAGAUUGCAUCCAAAUUAAAAGUCUAUGUAUUUACUGAAUCAUGAUAUAUAUAUAUAUAUAUAAUUUACUUUGACUGAGUAGAUUCCAAAUUUGCUUCUUUUAUUACUUAGUUAGAUUGGUGCUUAACAGGUUCUCAGAGAUUGUUUAGUUUCCAACGUUUAUAUCAUGCUUUGACUUAAAGGUUAAGCGCUCACAUGGAUGCCUGAAAAUCUAGUGUUCUAGAGUUCGGGG